AUCUCCCCCCAUAGAAAUGAUUAGACUACUAAUAUUAUUAGAUACAUUAUUAAACUUUAGCGAUCAGAGACCUGAUCUCUAAAUAAAGGCUACAUAAAAUGCAAGAAAAUGGGAUAAUAUCAUUUUCUCCUCACACGAGGCACCAAAUAUAAGUAUUAUUAACUACACCGUUUGUUUUGGUCAGAAACCUUACCAAUUCCUUCAUUUGAAACAUAUAUUAUAUAUAUAUAUAAUAUCUCCUUCUCAAGAGAAUCAUACCGGAUUGCUGAACUACAUAACAUUUGUUUUGGUUGUUAUCAUCAUCAUCUUGAUUGCAACUAACAUAUUCACAAGCGGAAUUACAACCCAGAUUACAAGAGGCCGGAUAGACAGAGCUGAGCGUCCUGUUGGGCUGACACUACCAUGUUUAUCUUCUAUGAUCAAAUGUAAUGCAGCGAAACUCAGAAUACCUUGAAGGUAUAGGUGGACUAAAAGCCAAGGCUCCUGCUAACUGCAUGAGUUCUUCAGUUCAGUGAUCUACUUGGUGGAGUCAGAGGAGCACCACCUAUUGGUUAACAACCACCAAUUCUAGCCAAUAGUUAUCUACCCCAGGGGGUGGAUAGAAUGCCCAAAAUAAUGAUUAGACGCAACCUUAAUUGGUGUCAUCACUGUGAAAACAUAUUUUUUAUGUUUACUGUAACCCAGAACAUUUGUUUAAAUGUUAUAAUUGACAAUAUACACUAUGUUUAACAAACUUAAAAUGGUAAAUUGUGGGAACUUCUAUGAUGAUAAACUACAGCCUACAGACUAAUAUCUUAUCAUUCUCUCUCUCAAACCAAAUGUAAGAGUGGAAAAUCAGUGGUUGGUGGUAAGAAAAAUUUUAUCUUUUGUCAUUUUAUGCAGCUAUAGCUCUCACAUUAUGUCCCGCCCCUAAUCACAAAUUACUUUCAUCUAAAGACGUAGUUCUUCCUUCAUGGACUGGCAGUGUGUAUCUAAACACAGAAUGGUACACAUAUAUUUAUCAGCUCUUGUCAUCUACAGCUUGUGUCUGACCCCUGUUGUGUCUGCCUCUCCUCCGCCUUCAGUGGUAGCCCAACCUGGAGAUAAUGUCACUUUUCACUGCACGGAUGUCACUGGUGCUCCAGGACAUGUUGGCUGGUUCAAGCAAGACAAUGGCUCAGAGCCCCUAUGCAUCGCAUCUAUGUACAGCUCUGAGCCAACUGUCCAACAUCAUAAUGGUUUUCAGCCCAGCCAUAUGGAAAUGUUCAUCAGCCAUAGAAACAUUUUCCUCCAAAUCACAGAGGUGGAUGAAGCUGAUUCUGGUGUUUACUUCUGUGGGAUGUUUGAUAAAUACAUAAUCUUCACCAAUGCGACUGUCCUGAAGGUCCAAGGUCGCAACAUUUCAGAAAAGGACCUUACAGAGAACUGUGAAGAAGGAAUGUACCUCAUUCCAUUGGUUGUGAUCCUGGGUGUUGUAACUGCGGCACUACCUAUAGUCUUCCUCAUCCUGGUCCUCAAGAUCAGACGAGACACAAAAAGACACAACACAGGAACUGAUUCUCAACAACAACCACAAAGUGAUCAGAUACAAGAUCCAGAUACAUUGAAUUAUGCCGCCCUGAAUUUCACCUCCAAGAAGAGGAAGAUGGAGAGGAGAAGAGAGAAGGAGCUGGACCCCCAUGUAGUGUAUGCUGCUACAAGAUGAUAAAGUGGAGGAGGAUGGAAGAGGAGGACAAUUGGUUGGCCAUAUCUUUUUGGUUGGCCAUAAGUUCAAAUCUUGCUAUAUUGUAUCUGUAUAGUUAAAUUAAAUGUAUUGAAAUCUAAAUCAAUCUCUGCAGUGUAUGAUUAAGCUAUAAGGCCUGAGGGGGUGUGUGAUAUGGCCAAUAUACCCCAGCUCAGGGCUGUUCUUGAGCACGAUGCAACGCGGAGUGCCUGGAUACAGCCCUUAGCCGUGGUAAAUUGGCCAUAUACCACAAUCCCCAGAGGUGUCUUUUUGCUGUUAUAAACUGGUUAACAAUGUAAUUAGAGCAGUAAAAAUGAAUGUUUUGUCAUACCCGUGGUAUACUGUCUGAUAUGCCACGGCUGUCAGCCAAUCAGCAUUCAGGGCUCGAACCACCCAGUUUCUAAUUGUGAAUUGUAUCUCAGGGUGACUGUAGCCCUCUCCAACUCAGUUAGGUCAGUGGUAUAGAGUGUGGUUAGAGAGGAGGAGUUAGAAGUAAAAACACAACUGUUUAAGAGCCACAGAGUAGUUGCCUUUUUUGGCCUCUCUUAACUUAGAUCUCUGUUGUGUGUGUUGGUGAUUUUUUAUAUUUUUUAUAGGGUGACCCUGAGGGACAAAGUACCCAGCAGUAGACAACUGUAUUAUACUGAUCACUUCUAAAGAUAAAUAAAGAGUUAAACCAAAAUAGCCUUUGUCAUGAUGUUAUUCGUCAAUUAGCAUUUCCUCUCUUGGCUUUGCACUGAUCACAGCCCCCUAUUUCGAGAAGCACCUUUUAAGGAGAAUAUGAUUGGGGUCUGAGUUAGAGGAGGGGCAAGGGAGGAACACAUCACUUCCUGUAGUGAGAAGAAGAAGUAGCUCAGUGUAGAGUGAAACCUGCUGAGGUGAACAUCACUGGGCCUCUCAUAGACUGAGCGAUGAGAUGGCUAUUAUGUCUCUUUCUCUCUCUCUCUCUCUCUGAGUAUGUUUUGCCAGAUUUACUGUCCACCUGCCAACCGAGUGUUGUUGGUGAAGCAUCUAAUCUUUGAAUCUCUUUUUUAAAAAUGGGCAAAAUAUUUAGGUGUGUGUCACAGGUGUGACUGAUUGCCUCACUAAAUAUCCCUUUUAACCCCUGUUUCUGUUUGUUUGAGGUACGGCCGCCCACAGGAAUUGAGGCAGUCCAGGGGCAUGGUGGAUCCCUUUGUUGGCUGAGAGCGCAUGCGUUUGUUGAGAUCAUACAGAGGACUUUCAGUUGAAGCAAUGCUACUAAAGAGAGAAUAUGUUUUCAGGGCUUCACCACUUCCUGUGUCACUUUCUGUUUGUUUUGUUUUUUCAAUUUUGUGUUUUGUUUGUGAUUUAGAAAUUUAGAAAACAACGAUGAAAGGGAACGUGUGACCA